AUCUUAUGUUUUUGUGUGCUUAUUGAUACUGAGUAUACAUCUGAGAUUUGUGGAAAAAGAGCUGUGUUAUUAAUUGCAUUAUUUCCACGUGCGAUACCUUGCAAUGAAAAUCAUGAAGAGACCAAACAUUCUUCUUACAGGAACCCCUGGUGUAGGAAAGACCACUCUAGGCAAAGAGCUUGCUCAGAGGACAGGACUAACCUAUGUGAAUGUUGGUGAUUUGGCACAGGAGGGUCAGUUGUACGAAGGAUUUGAUGAAGAAUACCAGUGCCCUAUAUUGGAUGAGGACAGGGUUGUGGAUGAGCUGGAGGACAAAAUGGGAGAUGGAGGCAUCAUUAUUGAUUACCAUGGCUGUGAUUUCUUUCCUGAACGCUGGUUUGACAUUGUUUUUGUCCUCCGCACAGACAACACCAAUCUCUACAAUCGUCUUGAAAGCAGAGGAUACACAGGAAAGAAGCUUCAGGACAAUGUGCAGUGUGAGAUUUUCCAGACUAUCUAUGAGGAAGCCAUGGAAGCCUACAAGGAGGAGAUAGUCCACCAGCUCCCUAGUAACACUCCUGAGGACCUGGAGAGGAAUCUGGAGCAAAUUGUUCAGUGGAUUGACCAAUGGAUGAAAGACAACAAUUGACAUGGGACAUUAUAUUAUAUGUCAAAGUAGACAGACAUCAUAUUUCAUAGUUAUUGUUUGCCCAGGCAGUGUUGUUUUUUUCACUGUCAUUGAGCUAAGGACUUAAAAUGCGUGGGGCUGUUAAAAAUUACUCUAUUUGAAAUGUUAAACUUGCUUCCAAAAUGAAUGGAAGAAAUA